CCUGCCGCCGCCCCUACCGGGCCUUUGCGACGUUUCGGCUUAAGCAGGCCUUCAUUCAGGGACACCAGCCUACACAAUACACACAAUUCUCCCUCUCUCUUCUCAGGCUCUCCCAUGCUUGCCCCCCUUCCCGAUUGCGAUAUACCCGGGAGUCAUGUGAGGCCUGUUGUCCGCCGUCGAUCGUCAUAAGCUUAGUCUCAUCAUCAACGUCGUAUCGCAAUUCAAUUUUCACUUUAUACCCGCUGGUCGGAACACGUCUUCCUGACGCCUCUGUCUUCGCGUGAACUGUGACUUUGCUGUCACGCCCCUGGCAUCGCGAUGCCGUCGUUACUCGGGACCUCGCUGUUGGCGCGCCAGAACCCCUUGGACGACGCGAGGAACACCUUUUCGUCAUGGGAUAACUGCAUGGCCAAAUCCUACUGCAAAUGGCCAGUUAUUGUCGGAAUCAUCAUUGGCGGUCUCAUCCUCUUCUCAGUGAUUACCUGCAUUGCGCGAUGCAUAUGUUGCGGCGCUGAGUGCGCCUGCUGUUGCUUCAGAUGCUGCGCUUCUUGCUGUGGCGGCGGCCGCCGCCGAGGAAGCUCGCACAAGCGCAUCAAGAGUGAUUCUGGACAUCCAUAUCCUCCUCAAUCGUAUGGCCCGCCUCCUCCUCAAGCGAACCCUUAUGCGCAGGCGCAUGCUGCCGCGCCACCUCCACCGGUCUUCAACCCGCGACUGGCAAACCAGCAGCAAUAUCAGUCCAACCCUAUGCCCACAUUUACACCUGCCCCCCAACAAGAAAGGCCGCAAUAUGCCACAUUUGAUUCAUCCAAGCCUGCAGCAAACGAAGACUCCCUUCCAGCUAUGCCGACGUGGAAGGAAGGACGAGAUGUGCACGUAGAAGUAGAGGAACAGCCAGUGGCACAAAAGAAGGGAGACAUGGAGUUGGACAGGCUAGAUCACAAUGGCAGUGUGACAAGUGGAUCCAUGGGAGGCGUGGCGGCAACAGCAGUAUCUGGAGCAAGACGGUCUCCUGGCCCGGGCAGGUCCCCAGUUUCGCCAGAUUAUGGAUAUCCACAAAACAAUUCGUUUGUGAGCGAUGCCCCGUCUUACAACAACAGCAGCAGCCAGGGACAGUAUGGUCAGCCAUAUGGCCAGCAAGGCGGAUAUCGCCAGGGCUCGCCUGGACACGGUCGAUCUCCAGUGUAUGGAGCCGGUGCAGGGUACGGCCAGCAGCAGCAACAGCCAUACGGUCGACGUUCACCAGGACCAUCCCAAGCAUACGGUUCCCACGACCAGCUGAGCCAACAGAGUGACAUGCACGCACCGUACCACGAACUACCAACAUCCUACAACCAACCCCAAACAUCAUACAAUCAACCACAAUCAUCCUACGACCAACCGCAGUCAUACAACCAGUCAGCACCCUACAACAACCACCAAGACACUUACGACCAACGAGACUACCCCGACGAGCCCACACACAACUACUCAUCCCAGGCACCCCCCUCCAACGCAUACAACUACAACGCAAGCAUAGCCCCCUCGUACCACACCUACGACCCAGCACCACCACCUGUGCAGCCCCUACCCUCCCCACCACCACAAUCCUCGGGUCCCCCACCAUCCCUCACCCCCGGCCGUCCCAACCAAACAACCUCACCGGUAUCAGCGUACCCGGGACAAAGAUCCUACACUCCGGCCGCGGACACGGUAGCACCACCACAGCAACAAGCCCCACCGCAGCCUUCUUACCGAGCAUUUACCCCGGGAGCUGAGACUCAGCAGCAGUCGCAGCAGCAGCAGUAUGGGGGUGUGGGCAGGAAACUGGUUGAUGGGUCGUACAGGGAUAUAUAGGGGGUUUGUGAUGUACAAUUAGUUUUAGUUUUUUUUUAUGUUGUCUGAAUAUUCUGGUGAAUCUUCUUCUGAUACCCCCACCAUUUUUUUUUACUCUUAAGUGUGCUUUUUGUGUCUGUGAGGCUUGGUGGUGUGAUUUCCUCUGUUGUCAUUUGUUGGUUGGUUCAUGAGGCUUUUUAUCAGUUGAGUUUAUCAGGGGAAAGAUGUGGCUGUUUAGUUUUUUGUGGCUUGUGAUUAUUUAGUCUAGUUUGGCCUGAGGGUAGGGGGACUAGAGACGUGGCGACGGCGUUGGUGGAGGCGUGCAGACUAGAGUUGUAGCGUGUAGACUAGGAACUGCAAGUAUCAUGACUUUAAAGACGAGCAAAUCGAGA